AUGUCCAGUUUAAUUUUUCGCUAUAAGCUAAAAAAAUAUGCCCGUUCGAGGAUCAACAAUGAUGAUCAGCACGAGUUGGAAGAAAUUGACGGAUUGAUCAAGGAUCUCGAGAUAACUUUCUACAACACCCACCACCUGUUGAUCACUUGUAAUAAUGUAGUUCAAGAAGACGUCUGUCUCUUAAACGCGUCCGACCAGGUACAGGUGUUGUACCACAAUGACAACAUGCAAUUUCACAUCAGACACCAGCGUUUCACGCACAAGUUUAGGUUGAAGUUCAUGGAUAAUUCAAAAGAAACUGCCGUCGUUAGCUGCUUAGCGUGCUGUAAAGUUUUGUCGUCGUAUGUAGUCCCUAAAGAUGCAAACAGGACGAAAGAUAAAAAUAGCCUGAAACUUCUGAACUCCGAGGAUGGGGUUGCAUCCACACAGCAACUUGCCAAAGCUGUUAUUAAUCCUACAUCUACAAGCUAUUUGCCCAUGAUUUAUCAUCAGACUUCUAUUGACAGUGAUAUUGAAGCAUAUUUGAAAGAUUUCAUUGACAUUUGUUUGUGUGAUUCAAGUUUUCCAGCAUUUGUGAAGCAGGUUGAGAGAAUCCUUAAAUUGAAUGGCUGA